UCCAACAAAGUCCCCGUGGUGCAGCCGUCACAUGCAGUCCACCCGCUCACCCCCCUGAUCACGUACAGUGACGAACACUUCGCUCCAGUGUCCCAUUCUGGCCAUCACCCCCAGGAUGUCAACAACAAACAAGGAAUGCCCAGGCAUCACCCUGGACCAGACAUGCCCAACUUCUACUCCUUGUCUCCUGGAGGAGUGGGGCAGCUCACAUCACAGCUGGGAUGGUUCCCACACCACAUGGUGCCAGGUCCCCCAGGUCCUCAUGCCACAGGAAUCCCUCACCCGGCCAUCGUCAACCCACAGGUCAAACAGGAGCCGCCUCAUGACGGUGACAUCAUGCACAUGAAGCCGCAGCACGAACAGAGAAAGGAGCAGGAGCCCAAAAGACCGCACAUCAAAAAGCCGCUAAACGCCUUCAUGCUCUACAUGAAAGAGAUGCGUGCGAACGUGGUUGCCGAGUGCACGCUGAAGGAGAGCGCCGCCAUCAAUCAGAUCCUGGGACGAAGGUGGCAUGCUUUAUCUCGAGAAGAGCAAGCUAAGUAUUACGAGUUAGCCCGCAAGGAACGGCAGCUCCACAUGCAGCUCUACCCAGGCUGGUCCGCUCGAGACAACUAUGGAAAGAAGAAGAAGCGGAAGAGGGAGAAGAUGCAGGAAUCGGCCACAGGUACAGGCCAGAGAAUGAAAACGGCGUACAUCUGAGAAUAUGGAGGAAAACGCAACAGUUUCUCCACAUGCAAAGCAAAGGCAGCAGCUUCAGGCCCUCUGCUAGAGAUGGAGGCCUGUUAGAUCCCAUGAAGACCCUUAAAUCUCCAAAACCGAAGCCUCCAGUUCUCAGAGAAACCCCCACAGCACCCCCACACACCCCCGUUGAUACCCUGCCUAACCCUACCCGCUUUCCUUUGCCACCAUCACAUGCCACCGCCGUCACCAGAAUCACUGUUUGACUCUACUUCCUCCCUAAAGGCGCCUGCUGUAGAGACACUGAACCGAACUGACCGAGACAAUCAUGAUUAUAGUAGGAGCACCCUCACGUAACCGUGCCGUCUCACUCUGAAAGCAUCGAGUUAACAUCUGUGUGGUUAUUUUCAUUUUAAUAUAUAUAUUUUUUAUUUUUGUUUCGUCAGUUUUCCUUUUCAAUGUUGGCUUUACUGCAAAUCUGCGGCACUGCACUGAAAAAUAGCAGCAAUUGUGAUGUGUGCACAAACGCCCCCCUCCCCCACCCUGCACUGCCCGUAACAGUCAAAACACCUGCUACUAAGUUAUUCUAAGUUAUUUUACCACCUCUUUUUCCCCUUUGUGUAGUUCAUUAGGCUGUAAUUUACUUCCCCGUCCCUUGUGUUUCUCUCACUAGGGUUUUUUGUUUUUGUUUUUUUGAGACCAUUUUGGGGGUUUGCCACCACCCCCCACCCCUCCAUCCCUGACUGACCAAACACCUCUUUCUAGACUGCACUAAGGAAGAUGGAGGGAUCUCAUCUUGUCCAAGAAACGCCCUCAAGAUUUCUAGUUCGUUGCUGACGACCAGUUGGUGCAAAAAAAGGAUCAACAUUUUGGAUUUGCUUUUCAUUUUAGACUGAAUAUUAUUUUUGAAUGCCUUUUAUUUGUAUCCUGAACCCUUGUUCAGUUUCUUGGUGUAUAUUUCUGUGAUUAUUUUUCCCCUUUGUUUAAUAUUGUUUUUGUUUUUGUUUUUUUUAUAUAUAUAGUGGUAUAUAUGAAAAUAAGCUUUGGACACAGGAAAGCCAUUUUUCUUGUUGAAGCGUCUUGCAGAAAAUUGAAACUUAAGGCUUCUUUUGAUAACUAUUUGUAACAAAUAGUGACCUCGAGUCUUGCUCAGAUGUAAAAUAAUGCUCAGUAUGUGUACUUUUUAAACUGUCAGGAUUAUGUCAAUUUUCUUGGUAUUUUUGCAGGCAACAUUAGGACAAAGGCGAGAGUGACAGCUCAGAGGCCUAUAUUUUAUUGUUCUAAAACAUGACAUAUGAAGCAGAAAUAUAUAUUUACCCCAGCACUUGACAGUCUGUCUUUUAUUGCAAUGGACCUUUUUGUCUUUUCUCUCUGGUAGCUAAUAGUGUGGUCUUUAGCCAUGUUGUUUAUUCCAUGCAAACAUUUCUGUAACAUCUUGAUUUUAAUGCUCUAUUUUUAGUAUUACUUGAUGAAUUCCUUUUUUUUCUAAAGUCUCAUGUUUUAGGUCACUGUCAUCUUGGUAUAGCAUUUUUUUUCUUUGCUUCCCAAGUGGUCAUAUUUGAACCGUUUCAACAUGUUUUGUUUUUUUGCUUUGUUUUUUUAAAGAAAAACAAUAAAAAGGCACCAUUGGCUCAUUUGAUCACUUGUGUGGUGGAAAGACAAGAGC